AUGUCAGCCCAAGAAGAACGAAUACCAGAAGACGACGACACGACCGAAGCGCCACUCACCAUGGCCGCAUCCGUCGUCCUGACAAAUCUCCCGCGCGACGCAUCCAAAGCCCUCGAAACAGCGGGGAGUUUGAACGUGCAGAAAAUCCGUCUGCACCCCAUCGGCUCCGCGCCGGCGCUCACGCAGCGCGUCUUCAAACUUAGCACGAACCAGCGCUUCGACACGAUUGUGCGGUUUCUGCGCAAGAGGCUGGGUGUGAAAGAGCAUGAGAGUGUGUUUUGCUAUGUGGGGAGUGUGUUUGCGCCGGGGCUGGAUGAGGGGGUUGGGGGGCUUUGGUCGGUGAGUUGUGAUUUUUAUUUUAUUUUGUGUUUAGAAGGGAAGGGAGGCGAGGGCUAA